CACACCAAACAAACCGGAAUGGAGGAGAACAGACAGGAGAGAGGAGAAAAUGGCUUAAAAAAGGAGAUAAAUUAAAAUCAAGUCUCUGAAACCGUUUUCUUUGCUCUGAAAGAAAAGCAGAGAAACAGCACCUAAGUAUGACUAAGAAAAAGUAGGCUACAUUUGGAAGAAUGUGAGUGCCUGUUUGUAUGCAGAACCAGCUGGAUUUCCUGCUUGGGCAACCAUGUGCUGCCAGGCAGAGUGCUGAUCCCUGGAGUUGCUAUGAUUGAUUCUUUUUUUUAUCUUCACCUUUUUCUGCCUGGAUUUAACCCUCACUUUUUUUCUUCGCUUUACUGGAUAUUAUCAUUUGCCCAAAGAAACCAUCCACAUGAUGUGAAAAGUGCGCUGAGACUGCGGGCUCUGUUGGUUCGGAGAGAUCCUCCAUCCGCAAAGGGACGAGAUCUCACACCAAAUACAGAGCAGCAAGCAAUGAGGAAGAAAGAAAAGAGGUGCUUGUCCAAUCAGAGAUGCAGAUGGCCACAGAAGACAUGAGUACCAGCCAAUCUGGCACCAGGACGACUUCCUCUUGCCAAUUUAUACACAACAAAUCAAAUGCGACCCCCUAAUUAAACAAUUGAUACAGUUUACCUAGACACACAUACUGCCAAUAAAUUGAUACAUCAUAUGCCUGGCUCAUUUCUACUAUAAUAAAUCCUUAAUUCUUCACACAACUGAAACUUCAAUUUGCUGUACGAUUACAAGACAAGCUAAGGAGAACCACAUUUUACCAUGCUGUGACUACACUUCAAGCAGUACAGACACAAAUCUGACAAAAAAGGCAAUACCAAGUCACCACACACUGAGAUAUUACUGUACCAAACAAGCCCUCACUCCCUUUCAAAUGGCGCUAGCCUGCAUGAAUAAAUGUUAGAUGGCAAGCAUCUCUGCUCGGGUUUCUCCAAUGGAUAUUGUGACGACAUCCCAAAUGGCCGGGAGGACAGGACAGGGACGGCAGAGACAUAACGUGACUGGAGGUUCUUCAUCAGUGGUCCUGUCCACAGCCAGCUCCUUCCUCUGUUGGCUCGCCCUGCUGUCAAUAAUGCGGUUGCCAAUGGUAACAGCUGACUGCUGGCUUAUCGAAGGCGAGAAAGGCUUUGUGUGGCUGGCUAUCUGCAGUAUGAACCAGCCGCCGUAUGAGACCAUCCCCUCCCACAUUAACAGCACUAUUGUGGAUCUGAGGCUGAAUGAGAACAAGAUUCGGUCGGUCCAUUUUUCUUCACUCAGUCGCUUUGGCAACCUCACCUAUCUGAACCUCACCAAGAACGAUAUCAGCUAUGUGGAAGACGGAGCGUUCUCAGCACAAUUCAACCUGCAGGUUCUCCAGAUGGGUUUUAACAAGUUGAGGAACCUGACCGAGGGGAUGCUGCGAGGUCUGGGCAAGCUGCAGUAUCUCUACCUGCAAGCCAACCUCAUCGAGACUGUUACACCCAACACCUUCUGGGAAUGCCCCAACAUAGAGAAUAUAGAUCUCUCCAUGAACAGGAUCCAGGUGCUGGAUGGCAGUUUGUUCUCUGUACUCUCUAAGCUCACCACUUGUGAACUUUACACCAACCCCUUCCACUGCUCUUGUGAGCUGCUGGGUUUUGUGCGCUGGCUCUCAGCCUUCCCCAACAGGACCAGUGAGAGGAUGGUGUGCGACUCUCCUCCAGGAUUUUUCGGCUACACCCUCCUGAGCCAAAACCCCCGCAUGCCUGCCCUGCGCAACGCACUGAACGCGCUCAGUCAGGUAUGCACAGAAGACGGUAGUAGCGUGACAUCCUUUUAUGUUAUUAGCCCGCAUGAUUCCACCACCCCCCCCUCAGAUUUUGCCUCUCCCUGCGGAUUGGACGAUUGUGCUUCAGGGACCCCUCCUGAUGAUGUAAUUAGUUUAAGCCCCAUUUUCUCUGACCCCAAUCCCAUCAUGACGCUAAAGCAGAUGCGACAUUCAAGUGCUGUGAUUACGGUUCAAAUUCCCCAUCCGUACAGGAAAAUGUACAUCCUGGUGCUUUAUAACAACAGCUUCUUCACAGAUAUCCAGAAUCUGAAAAAUCAAAGAGAAGAUAUUGAGCUCAAGAACUUAAAACCUAACAUCGACUACAGGUACUGUGUGGCUUCUAUACGAAACUCCCUGCGGUUUAACCACACCUGUCUGACCAUCUCCACUGGCCGCCGGGCCGGGGCUGAGAGGAUAGCCAAUCCGUCGUCAGCCACCCACUACAUUAUGACGAUUUUGGGCUGUUUGUUUGGCAUGUUACUCUUCCUCGGCCUAGUUGUCCACUGCCUGAGGAAGAAGAGGAUCAUGCAGGAGAAGGAGAGGAAGAUGAGCAGGAUCCAAAGGACUCUGAUAGAGCUCAAGUAUGGUGGAGAAGGGGGUAUAGAGGGAGGUAGUGGAGGAUCUGUUUCCCAGAAGCUUGGUGCUGGGGACAGUCUGUCCAGAAUGCCCUACCUUCCUCAGGGUGGUGAGAUUGAUCCAUACAAGCUGCAGGAGGUGACAGAAACACCGGUGCACAAGCCUGCUAAACUUAACUACAUGGAGGUGAGAGGGCCUGGCAUUGAAAGGGAGAGAGAACGAGAACGAGAGCGAGAGCGAGAAAGAGAGAUGUCACCACAAGCAAAUCCCCAGGGCUCAGUAGCAGAGAUCUCAACCAUCGCUAAAGAAGUUGAUAAAGUGAACCAGAUCAUCAACAACUGUAUAGAUGCUCUGAAAUCUGAGUCUACCUCCUUUCAACAGGGGAUCAAAUCCCCCUCUUCUGCGGGAGGAGGGGCUGUUUCUACUGCAGAGCCACAGCUGGUGCUUCUCUCUGAGCAAGGAGAGAGAGAACGAGGAAGUGAGUUCCUCUCCCCAGUGUACAAGGGAGGAAGAGGAGGGCGAGAAGAGAGGGGGAGAAGCUAUCAUCAUUCUCUGCAGCGACACCACAGCGUGGAGGCACCUCCGGCCUCCAAAAGGCCCAGCACCUCCUCUUCUCCUGGCUCUGCCCGGAGCCCUCGCUCAUUCCGCUCCGAGGGAGGCUACCACUCGUCAGAGACCCGCUAUAUCGAGAGGACCUCGCCCGGAGAGAGAGGGGAAAGGGGAGGCGGGGGAGGAGAGGCCAUUCGUACAGUCAACCCGGCAGCGGCCAUCCUACGAGCUGAAGCCCAGAGAAUCCGCCAGUACAAUGAACACCGUCACUCCUAUCCCGGCUCCCAGCAGCACCUCCAGGAGAUGCAGCACCACCCCCAGAUCCUGCAGGAGCUCCACCACCACCCAGGGGGCCGUAAGCCUUCCAUGUUAGACCCCCUCACCCUCAACAGGCAGGCCAAGCAGCGGGAACUGGCCUACUCCCAGCUCUCGCCACACUACCCGCUCUCACCCCAGUACCACAACCUCAGCUACUGCUCCAGCCCAGACGAAGACGAGGAGGACGAAGGGCUGCUCUGCACCCCGACCCUGGGGCUGUGGGAGAGGUUCAAACUGCACCGGAAGAGGCACCGGCAGGCGUCCAUGGAGGACGAAGGAUACGUGGCAGCCGGACACGCUCUGAGGCGAAAGGUUCAGUUUGCCAAGGACGAGGAUCUUCACGACAUACUGGACUACUGGAAAGGUGUGUCCGCCCAGCAGAAGACCUGAUCCCACAUCUGGAGACCCCAAACACUUUGAAGAUGGAGAAUAACAACACUGCAUAACAACACUGCACCCAUAACAUAUUGAUACAGAUGACAAAAAUGACUUGUAAAUACAUACACAUACACACACACACACAACUUACAGGAUCUACAGAAUCCAACUUCACACAUACAUCUAUGUACACACACUUUACACAAACCAAGCCUUUGCUUCUGAGAACAUGAAGGACCAAACUAAUAUAUUAUCUUGAACAACAAAAAUCAUUACUUAUAGAGAGACUGAGUUACUUUUUGUAAUGUAACAAACAUUAUAGCUCAGACUUAUGUAGCUAUUUGUACUAAGUUUUGAACGAAGAAAAAAAUAAAAUCAACAUUAAGAGCAGAAACCUUAAAUGUUGCCGGGCAACCCAUCCUGAACAGCCUGGCUACGCUUUUAAUCUGCCUUGAGACUGUCAUUCAUCAAACCUGACCACGGCAGACUAGCCUCAUCAGUUGUUAUUACCGCGGUUUGAAUAAGAUUUUGCUUUGCUGGAGGAGGUUGUUUUUGCAUCGCGCCCUGCGAUGCUGCUUCGAAAAAAAAGACCUGUUGAAAGAUUUGCCGUGAUUUAGAGAUUUAAAAACCUCAAAAUGACAACAACUUCCGGAUGGGUCACCAGGCAACAGUAAUAUUCAAUUGUGCUGAGAAUGAGUUGGCAGCUCUCACCAGAGAAUGAGUAGAAUGUGCCAAAUCAACCAACGAGGGAUAAUAGAGCCCUACUGUGUACCAACUUCUCCCCGCCACUGUUUUUAUAUACAGAAUUAAAAAAAAAAACCUAGAAUGAUAUGUUAUUACUAUUAAUUAUUCUUAUUACAUUACUGGUCUUAUUAUUAUUCCUAUGCUCCUUAUCAUUAAUAUUCUAUUCUUUUAAUAUGGCAUGGCUCUGUCGUGUGACUGUGUUUUGACUGUUUUGAACAUCUCAGAUGAGAAGUGCACACCAACAGAGACAAACGGUAUGAUGGACAAGACAUUUGAGUUCUUCUUUUCUACCAAGAGGAAUGUGCUCUCUGCUGAGCCAAAAACAAGCCCGUCUUUUCUCUUGGUGAACCCCCCCCCCCCCGCUACACCUGCUCCUCAUCCUCCUAAAGAUGGAACGCUGUACAGAUGAGAGAGAGAAGUUCUAUAUUUGCAACAGAGGUGACUGUUUUGUUUGUACAACAUAGUUUUGAAAUCUUUCAGACUUUUCAGAAGCCAGAAUCCCACGUUAGUUACCUACCUGCUCACUUACAAGGGUACGUUUUUGAUUUUGAAAUCGAACAAAAAAAUUCUAAUCUUCAAAUGAAUGUCUUCAAUUCCCACAGGGGAAACAUAUCUGCACUGUUCAAAAUCAAAAAACGACUCAUAGGAAAAGACCUAAAACUCUCAGCUUCCUUCCCGAUACACUGUAGCUCCACUGUGUUUUAUCAACAAUUCAUCUUUUCCCGCUCCUCCCAUCUCCCAGGUUUACACUUGUUAUCUUUUGGAUUCAUCUGGUUCCACUGUGGUGCCAUUGUGCCAACUUGAUAAAUCACAGACGUAUUUGAAAUGAUUUUAAAUACUAUUUACAGACCUCUUCUCCUUUACAUCUAUACACAUCAGUUUGCCAAACAGAACAACAAUUUGCACAAAACAAUCCACCCCAUUGGCUCACUGCUCCCCUUCUAUCCUCCAAUCAUUUCUAAGACCAAAGUACUGUGGUAGUAAAUUGACCCUUAACACCCCUGACCCGGUCCUAGCUAUUUACCCACCAUCACCCUUACAGUUACAACUCCAGCACAUGCUUACACAUUCAAGUGUACUCAUGCUCACACAACCACACACACAGAUGAAUGUAUUCUUUGAGAAAUAAUACUGUUUAGCAGCUGAAAUUUUCUGUUUGUGAUGUAGAAGCUGUAUUCAAACAGUGUCCUCAUCUGUCUGAUGGAGAACGUUUCUCAGAUGGCCACUUGUGUUCCAGAAUUGGAUAUAAAUAAGUAUUUGUCUUUUUUCAGAUCAAAAUCUGACCACUCAGGGCAGAUUCUCAUGGACGACUUUCAUUACACUAAUUGUGUCACCAAAUGAACCAAAUGUUGUCCAUAAUAAGCCCAAAAUUGCCACUGCAGACAUCUAUUGAAAUAGCAAUGGGGUUUUGCCUUAUUAAAGGGUUUCAACUGAAAAAACGUUCUUGAUAUUAGAAGUGCUGUAGUAAAAUGUGAUAAGUAUCACUAGCGUGUUGAAAAGAGACUAUAUGUAUAUCUGCAGGCUCUAAAUACUGGAGGCUGAAAAGAGGAGAAAAUGUGAUGACAAAAAUACUGCUGUUUAUUUCAUACAGAACUGUGCUACAACAACACAUGUAAACCAGGUACGGAGUCAAGGACAUUUCAAAUUCAGUGGAUUUAGAAUUUAACAAGCUUGUAGUAUUCACAGUAUUGACAAACAAUUUGUAAUUUGAAUCGCAUCCACAACGCUUUCUGAAUUGAAACCAAAUUGACUCCAACCUUGAAACACUGAAAACUACACAAUGGAAACAACAGAGCUGGCAAACAAUGAAAAGUUUAUUGGUGAAUGGAAACACUGUAUAAAAUCUUUUUUUCUCUCUGCUAUAAUCAGUUCAGAAUGCUCAAGUCAUUAAACCCAGUUAAAGCCAUAAUCGUGGGUUAGUGAAAUCACCACAGCUGUUUGUAGCACUGCAAAAGCACAUUCAGUGGUGUGUGGUUUUUUUUUUUUUCCUCUCUCUCUCCUUAUACUGCAGCAAACAAUUCAACUCUGAUCCAAAAGGAAACGGAUGAGCCGUGGUUGUUUCUGUAUUACACAUCCCAGAUUGUGGCUUUAACUUAACAACAGCCUUAAAACAUUAGAUUUUCUUUAAUCUUUUUAACUAAAAAAAAUUGCUUUGAAAAUCAAAUUUCCUGGUUUCUUAACUUAUACUUUCCUGACUGCAAUUUUAUAAUUGCUUGAUUCUUAAGCCUCACUUGAGCAUUCUUUGAGUAACAGUAAUAUCAAUGUAGCGAUGUAUUAAAGUACUGUUUUUUUUUUGUUUUUUUUUUCUCUGAUCUGUUUAUGAACAAUAAUGGCCUGAAUUUAUCAUGUGUCAAGAGAGUAGCAGGGCUUGUCUGGAAUAAGACAACAACAAGCUGACGGUCGAGGCGACCAGUCGACAGUUACCCUAAUCAGCGCUGCUAUUCUUUGAAGCGUGAUGAAGAGAAACUGUGUUUUUGAAACAACGAUGCCUAGAAAGUGGAAAUAAAUAGAGGUCCUACUGACAACAGAACCGAAAUGACAAUGGAGCUUGAUGCAAGGAAAUCCUCAGUGGAAGCUUGUGUUACAUUCUUCUAGUGAAUGACUCAGGAGCGAGAGAGAGUGAGAGAGAGAGAACACUCUGCCAUAGGAUCUCUCAGAGUCUUUCUUUCUUUGUUUUCUUGUCAAAACAUUAAAAUGAGCACAAUAAAAUAGCCUUUCUUUCA